AUGAGUGGAAAUUUCGGAAGCCAAUUCUGGAUCACGUAUGCAGAGGAUGACACGGAGGCUUGGAAAUGUAUCGGACUGGCUCGUUCUCUUCAACGAAGCUUGACCACACGCCCACUCGGAGUGAUUUUGUCGGAUAAAGUGUCGCACGACAUGGGUGAGAUCCCAAUUGCACUGAGUGGGGAUGAGAUAGGGAUGGUCUACUUUACCAACGGAAGUCACCCGAUGAUAUCCGGGGGAAGAACUGACCACCGCCUUGACCAGUUUAGCCAAGACUUGGUCAGAUUUUGGGAAACGUUUGUUCCAGCCAACGUCCCAAAUCCGAAGGAUUGUUUAAUCCACUCAAUAAACAUCAAUUCAUCAAUGUCACCUGAACUUCAUAAUUCCGUCGCAAUUAUCGGAAUGUCAUGCAAGUACCCUGGGGCAAAUACGAUUGAAGAAUUUUGGAAACUGUUGGAGAAUGGCACAGAUUGCAUUACUCGUCCCCCUGAAACGCGGUGGACAAAGGAAAACUCAUACACACAAAUGGAUCACGUCCAUGAAACGGAGGCUGGCUUCCUUUCCUGCCCGAUUGACAUGUUUGACUCAAAAUUUUUUAACAUCAGCCAGGCUGAUUUGGCUUACCUAGAUCCACAACACCGCUUGGCUUUGAAAGUAGUGUGGGAGGCCAUUGAGAAUGCUGGAAUUGAUCCAGUCAGAUUGAAAAAUUCUGUCACAGGAGUUUUUGGCGGUUUUUGGCGUUGCGACUAUAAAGAAAUGUUGCAGAAUCAAGGAUUUGACGACAAGGAUUUUUUCCGCGGUUACAUGGGAAAUGGGCUGGGAUCAAUGACAGCUAGAAUUUCUCACUUUUUUGAACUCAUUGGCCCUUGUUACUCUAACGAAAGCGGAUGCUCAACAUCUAUAGCAAGCGUAGAUAUGGCUUGCGAGGCCUUGAAAAACGAGAAGGUAGAUCUUUGUAUUGCAUUUGGAGUUAAUCUCCUCCUACAUCCGUUUUCAAUUGGAGCCUUAGAAGGAUUUCUAGCACCAGAUGGUCGGUGCAAGACAUUCGACGCAUCUGCCGAUGGAUUUGGACGGGCUGAGGGGGCCGGUGCUAUUAUUCUAAAACGAUACUCGGAUGCAGCAGCCCAUGGUGAUAGAAUAUGGGGGCUCAUUCGUGGAAUGGCAGUUGUCCAAGACGGAACGUCAAAAAAUAUGGGUACUCCUACUGUGGCUGCAGAAGCUAAAGCGAUGUUGCUUGCCCUUCAGCGAGCAGCUGUGAAUCCGGUCGACGUAGAAUUUAUUGAAGCCCAUGGCACAGGGACCCCGACAGGUGACCCCAUCGAGAUAAAGGCAAUUGAAAAAAUAUAUGGAGGUCGAAAACACGAUAAUCCCCUAACAAUUGCCUCGGUCAAGACUAACAUUGGGCACACUGAAUCUAUGUGUGGAAUUGCGAGUAUUCAGAAAACCGUACUUUCCAUGAAGCACGAAAAAAUACCAAAACAUCUUUAUCUGACUCAUCUUAACCCGAAUAUUGAUUUGGUGAAUAUACCUGCGAGAAUUCCUACCGAGGAAGUUCCAUGGACGAAAGGAAAUCGGUCUCGGAUUGCUGGUAUCAAUUCGUUCGGAAUUACUGGAUUACAAGCCCAUGCAAUCAUUCAAGAGCCACAGCAGAAUCCAAAUAAUCCAUUAACCCUUAUUGACAACAGGGAUAUGAAAAUCUUGACGUUUUCUGCGAAAACCGAACAUUCACUGCACUCUCAACUAGAGGUAUUUAAGAAUUGCUUAGAAAAUUCGGAUGCUACUUUGGAUGACAUCGAAUAUACCAUGCACUCAGGCAAAUCACAUUUCUGUGUGAGGCAGGUGCUUCUGGCCAACACGAAACAGGAAGUGUUGGCGACGAUUGGAAACGUGAAAGCAGCAAAACACAUACCAAACAUAAUUCCUAAAAUUUGCUUCCUUUUUACCGGUCAAGGCUCGCAAUAUCAAGCAAUGUGUAAACAAUUGUAUGAAGGAAGUGUUGUAUUUCGGUCAAACUUUGACAGACUUGAUGAAAAUUUACAAGCGAAACACGGCUUCACCAUUAAGGGCGUUCUUGCUAAUUCAUGCUUGGGCCCAGAUUCUGUCAAUAAUACAUUGAUCAGUCAGACGUCCAUUUUCUGCUUGGAAUUAUGCAUGCUUCGUCUGUGGGAAUCAUGGGGUGUGAUCCCUGAUGCUGUAUUAGGACAUAGUUUGGGCGAAUGCGCAGCAGCAGUGGCGGCUGGGAUGUUGGACAUUGAGGAUGCACUUACACUGGUUGUCACACGAUCAAAGCUAAUAGAAAGUUCCCCACCUGGUGGAAUGCUUGUCGUUGGAUUAAAUCCUGAACAAGUGAUUCUCAGUUUGGAUUCUGCGGGAAUGGGGAAAAUCAACUCACCGGGUUUGGAAAUUGCAUGUGAAAAUUCUGUGACUCAAACUGUCGUUGCGGGAGAUUUCGAUAUGAUAGAGAGAUUUAAGGCUUUCUGUGACAAAAAUAAAAUAUUGGCACAUGUCUUGGACUCAUCGCGUGCUUUUCAUUCGAGUCACAUGGACCCAAUUCUUGAUGAGUAUAGAAAGACUGUAGCAAACAUUACGUUUAAAGAAGCUAAACCCCAUAUAUCUUUCUUCUCCGGGGUGGAAGGAAAGUCUGUAGACAAAAUUGAUGUUAACUAUCUCAUUAAGCACAUAAGAGAAAAAGUGAGAUUUGCAGAUGCGUCCCAUACCGCUGUGAAAGCUGGGUACCGACUGUUUAUCGAACUCGGACCUCAGCCAAUUCUAUCAGGUCUCCUGGCAAGUAACGUAGAUGAGGUGUGCUCAGAUUUUGUCAACAAUGAAUGCUAUAGGUCGGAAGAGAUAAUGAUGAAGAUUGAUCUGCCCGGCUACGCUUUUGACGAAUCGCCUUAUUGGAUUAAUAUCACUAGCCAGAGAAAUAAUGCCAUUCACCCGCUGAUUGGCUCAUAUAUUCCAAACGCCUCGGACACCACAAUAUUUCAAUCCAAUAUUGAUGUCAACAAGAUCCAAUUUUUACGCGAUCACGUCCUCGUAGACAAAAUUAUAUUUCCAUGCGCAGGUUACGUGGAUAUGUGCUUGACUGCUGGAUACGUUGCCACGCAUUGCGACGAAGGAAAGUACACAAAACCGAUUGCAUCCAUUUUGAUUCACAAUUUCUCAGUAGCCUCCCCAGUAUGCCUAAGUGAGACUCACAGUACCGACUUUCAGGUUAUUGUAUCAAAAAAUGCUCAAGGAGAAAUAUCAACAAGAAUAAACUCGCGUUUAUUGCUGGAACAAUCAAAAUACAAAUGGGUUAAGAAUGCAGAAGCACUAUUCGCCUGGAACUCGACCGCUGCAGAUACCCAUUUAACAAAUUUUCAAGUAAUUAAGUCAAGAAUAUGCGAACCAAUAACCCACUCGUUCAGCUACGAGCAUUUGAAGGAGUACGGAUAUAAUUUUGGUCCUUCACUGCAAAACAUUUUGAAUGAUUGCUGGAGAAACCCAGAAGCGGACUCUGGUGAAUAUAUGUGUUUAUUCAAAUGCAGGGAACUAGGCAAAGACCAUGAUAAGUUCAUACUCCAUCCAUGCAUUAUUGAUGCCAUGUUUUUUGCAUUACAAUUUGGAAUGGGCAUUCAGAAUUGGACAACCUUUGAGAAAGGUCAACUAAUUGUCCCGGUGCAGAUCGAAAAAUUUAUAUGGUGGGGCAAAUCUUGUGAAUCGGGAUAUAUCUAUUCGAAAAAUAACAAUCGACAUAACGAGGCCCAUAUUUACAACGAUCAUGGUAUUUUAAUAGCAUCUUUAUUUGGGACUGAAUUUAUGGAAACGACGAUAAACAGCAUAAUCGGCAUGAUAGACUCCCAAAGAAAUCCACUCCCAAUUCUAGGGGAAUAUGAGUGGAAGAAGCAUCUUGGAAUAAAUGAAAAACGACUUCAGCUUGGAGGAGAAAGGUCUAGGUUGGAAACACUUCUUGGAAGCACUUCUGUCGAAACCAUGAACUUGACACCCGCCGAACAAAAUAUUUACAAUAAAUACAGGAAGCAUUGUGGGCUAUACAUGCUUAAGGCAAUGAAAGAGCUAAAGCUGGAUGAGCAUAGUCAAUUUACGUGGCCAGAUAUCUCGGAAAUGCUUAAGGUUUCAAAACAUCUUAACAAGUUCUUACGUUAUAUCCUGCUGGAGUUGGCGAUUGACGGAUACCUGAUUUUGAGUGCUAACCAGAAUCUGAACGACUCAAUCCUAGAUUUUAAAUUAUCACCAGUUCAACCGUUCCCAAGCUUAGGGAUUAUUUGUUCCCAGAUUUCGUCCUCAGUCGACGCUUUCAAUGCAACAAAUUCUCCUUGGACAAAAACAUUGUCUUUACUCUCAAGCUACUGGACACAAUUAGGUCAAAUCUUGACUGGUAAACAGCAGGCACUUCAAACGUUGUUUGAAAACGAUUCUGACCAACCCAAUCAACAAUGUUUGGCCGAAAUCUUUUACACGAAUUCUUUCUUUAAAUAUGCCAGCCAAGAUCUUUAUAGUUUUGGGACUUACAUUUGCCAGCGAAUGUCAACAAUCUGUGACGAUGCAGUUGUUCGCAUUCUUGAAAUUGGUGCCGGUGUUGGUGGAUGCACACACUCGCUGGUGAACGGGAUGAUAAAAGGAGGCGUCUUGAACUAUGAAUAUACUUACACCGAUUUGUCACCAGUGUUUUUGCAGAAAGGGGAAUUAAUUUUUCAAGAUACCAGAAUUUCCACAAAAUUUGCAAUACUUGAUAUCGAGAAAAAUCCAUUAGACCAAGGAUUUGUACCGCAGUGCUAUGAUCUGAUCUACAGCGGAUUUGUUUUUCACGCUACUAAAAAUUUACAUGAAACCUUGAUGAAUCUGAAAACCCUGCUAAGACCUGGAGGUGUAGUUGCACUUCUAGAGCUUGUCGGUCAGUCCAGGGAUGUUAACUUAACUUUUGGGGGCUUGGAGGGCUUUUGGAGGUUUGAAGACUUUAACUUACGUCCAUGGAAUUGCGAAUUGGAUCUGGAUUCAUGCCCCAACAAGUGGGUUUUAUUUGGUGGGAAAGAUUCCACAAGUCAAGCUUUACGGAGGAAGUUGGAACUUUAUGGUCUCGAUGUCAAGAUGAUUCUUCACGACGAUAAUAACGUAUCUGGAGACCACGUGGAAAACCUGAUUGAAGAAGUAUUAUCGCCUCCCAUUUGCGGCGUAAUCUACAUGUGGGGCACUGGUAUGAUUGACACAACCAAUGUUUGCCAACCAUUUCUGUACAUAUGCAGAUAUUUAUCUACGACCGUGGUAAAUCUCAAGGUUAUGGUUGUAACAAACGGAUGCAUGAAAGUGGGAUCCAUGGAUUAUUGUCAAAGGAACCCAGCCAUGUCCCCUAUUCUGGGAAUGAUUCAGGUUCUGGCAAACGAAAAUGAGUAUCUCCAGUGCAAGGCAUUGGACCUGGACUUCAGCGGUGGUGCUGUGGACGAAAUAUUUUCAGAAUUACAUUGCUGGAAUUUGGAUACCCAAAUUGCCUAUAGAAAUAACAAAAAGUACACUCCACGGCUGCAACAAGUAACUGUACAGAAAAAUCCGCUUGCUAUUCCUACAACACCGAACAUUCGUCUGAUUUUGCCUUAUAGCAAUCUUAAUUCUGACUUUUGCUUCACACCUUUUCAAUCAAUUCAUCUGACAGAAGGACAGGUUGAGGCUGAAAUUAGAGCAUAUGGCCUGAACUUUUUAGAUGUACUCGUAGCCAGAAAACCUGAUCCUAUAUUUGAUUCUUUCAAUACGCUGGGAAUGGAUAUUACUGGCACGGUAACGGCGCUUGGGCCAGGUUGCCAAGAGCGAAAAAUUGGAGACCGAGUAGUUGUUUUUCGACGAGGCGGAGAAUCUGUACCAAGCCGCAUUUCGGUUUUGGAGAAACUGACGAUACCCAUCCCUACAGACAUGACGUUCAGUGAUGCGGCAACCAUACCUAUAGGAUCACUAACCGUCUUUUAUGCCCUACAUCACAUUGCCCAGGCCAAAAAGGAGGACGUCCUUCUCAUCCAUACAGCAUCCGGAGGAGUUGGGCUCUUGGGCAUACAAAUUGCUAGAAAGAUUGGGUGCAUAAUCAUUGCCACAGCCGGGAGUGUACGCAAAAGGAACUAUUUGAAAAGCUUAGGCGUAAACCUUGUAUUCGAUUCAAGAUCACUUGCAUUUGAACAUGGAAUAAGAGAAGCCCUUGGAGGAAAUCUUGUCACCAUAGCCCUAAACUCUUUAACCGGGGAAGGAUUUAAAGAGGCUACAUUAUCAGUUUGUAAAACGGGUGCUACGUUUAUCGAAAUGAGCAAAAUGAACAUUUGGAGUAAGAAAGAUUUACAAGAACUCAGACCUGAUGUCAGCUAUCACGUUAUCGAUCUAACAACUUUGCCCGGGAAUGAGGUAAAGAUCUUGAUUGAGGAACUUUGGAGCAAUAUGCAGAAAGGUAUUGAAGAUUCCGAACGUCUAACUCCUCUUCCCUAUACGUCAUUUGAAUUGAGAUACAUUAAAAAUGCAUUAGAAUAUGUUGAACGGGCAAAGCAUAUCGGGAAGGUAAUUUUGACAAUGCCAUUCUUCGACAAACUAACUACUAAGCUCCAGUACAUAUUGUUCAACAAGGAAGCAACCUAUCUAAUAACUGGCGGGCUUGGAGGAAUUGGGCUAGAAGUUGCAAAAUGGAUGGUGUCCUUUGGUGCACAGAAUCUUCUCUUAGUUUGUCGUAGUCCGCCCAACGCCAGGACCCUUCGAGCGAUUGAAACGAUGGAGCAAAGCGGAGUCUCUAUUACCCACAAGCAAAAGGAUGUCGGAAACCUUCACGAAGUGAAUGGGUUGUUUAAUGAAUUUUGUGCCGAAAACGGAUUGUACCCAAUUCGAGGCAUAAUGCACGCAGCUGGUGUACUGGAGGAUGGCCCAUUAGAGAAGCAAACAUGGCAGUCUUUCGAAAAUGUAUUUCGUCCAAAAAUUCGCGGAGGAUGGAAUCUGCACGAAGUUAGCUCAUCCAUGAAAUUUCCCUUGGAACAUUUUGUUGUAUUUUCCUCAAUGGCAUCCGUCUUGGGUUCUUACGGACAAAGUAACUACGCGGUCGCUCGGUUUACCUGGAUUAACAAUAAAUUGGGGGCAAUGGGGACAGGUCGGCCUGGCUGCAGAUAUUGCACAUCGAGCUUUCAAACCAUUCACACUAGAGGCCUUCUUACAGGAGUUUCUGAUACAGCUGCAAUGGACAUUACUCAAAUUGACGGGGAAGGAUUUUGGGAUGAAUAUAAUUCGGCAGUUGGAAGGGAACAGAAAUUUGUUACACUAAAGAAAUUGCUCAAUAAAUGUGUUCUAUCUACACUAAAAAUGAACGUGAGUCACGUAAUUGAUGAUAGCGUGAGUUUCAAGGAUAUGGGAUUGGAUUCACUUAUGAUGAUUGAGAUGAAAAACAGCCUCCAAACUUCUCUUGGGAAACGGGUGAAUAUUUCACUUCAGGCUAUCAAAGACUGUAAAACAAUUGCGGAACUGUCAAAUAGACUUGUAGAAUUGUUAUCUGGGGAGGACAACAUUCCAAAACUAACAUUAAUUGAACGUCUACAACUAGCUGAGGAAGAUUUACACCUACCUAAUGCUAUUCAUGUGGACGACUUCCUCGAAAAGUACUACGCUUCGAAGGAAAUUUCUUCUUGUAGAAUCUGUAACAUUCAAGGACUGAAAAAUAUUUUCGAGUUCGCAGUGUCUAAAAAACUCAAACACGUAUUCUACGCGUCCACAAUCGUAGCCCAAAAAGAAAUUGGAGAGGAUGGAUUAUACUCUGAGAGUUGGCCAACAUUGGAUCAAAUUGCACACCUUCCAAAUUCUGCGUACCCAAUAUCCAAAGUGAUCUGCGACCUCAUAGCUCAAGAGACGAUUCAGAGAAGAAUACCUUUUGACCUGUGUGCAGAAUUUUCAGUUAACCUAUUUUUCAAUGACGAAGCUCCAAGCAGCAUUUACAACAUAUUCAACCCAAACUUAGGUGACGAACGCGAGUUUGACGAAAUUGCAGCAGAGUUGGGGGUGAAAGUCGAGGUUGUGGAGCCGGACGAAUUUUUUGAAUACUUAAACUCAUUAGACGACACAGAUCCGAUGCUUAAGUUCGUUAAACAAAUCCUCGAAUUUAAGGAGGAUGUGAACAAAUUUGCAGAUGAUCCUCGCUCUUUUCAACUUGCAUUUCUUCAAGGCAAGCAAAAUCUUACCUGGAGCAAGAAGUUGGCCAAGCUUAUGCCCGAUUUAUACCCGGUAAAGAUUCCACUAUCGUGGGAAGUAUUCAAAAAGGAUCUGGCAUUGGCAAAGAGCACAGGAUUUUUUGACCGAUAUCGAAUCAAGUAUUCAAAUCAGUAA